AAUAUAUGAUCUGAUCUUAUUUUAGGUCCUAAAACAAGGUGAACUGAACCGGACCUAACUAAUUCAUAAUCAGACGUCGUUGCUGAAAUCGCCGCAACACCACUUGGAGCACUAGCAAAGUACGAAGUGAAAAAGCAUCAAAUUCUCUCUCCAGACAUCAAUGGCUUCUUCUUCUUCAUCACUUCUUCAUCAAUCUUCAAUCUUCACUUCUAUACCCGCAAACCCAAACAUUUCCCAAUCUCACCAAAUUCAACUUCCGCAUCCAUUUUUUCAAAUACCCAGAAAACCCCAUUUCCAAAAAUUGCUUCCUUUCCUUCGUUGUGCCUCUUCUGGAACUGCAAUGAAUUCCUCUCAAAAUGACCUGAAAAACUCAGAAAAAGAGGUCAAAUUGUGGGGUGGAAGAUUCGAAGAGAGUGUCACUGAAAUUGUUGAGAAGUUCACUGAGUCAAUUUCCUUCGACAAAGCACUUUACAAGCAUGAUAUCAUGGGCAGUCGCGCGCAUGCUUCAAUGCUUGCUCAUCAGGGAUUAAUCAAUGUUGAAGAUAGAGAUAGUAUAAUCCACGGGCUCGAUGAGAUAGAGAAGCGUAUAGAGGCGGGUGAGUUUGUAUGGAGGAGUGACAGGGAAGAUGUUCACAUGAACAUUGAAGCGGCACUUACUGAUCUUAUUGGUGAGCCUGCAAAGAAGCUUCACACUGCACGAAGCCGAAAUGAUCAAGUUUCAACAGAUUUUCGCUUGUGGUGUCGAGAUGCUGUAGAUGAGAUCCUUAAGAAGAUUAAAAAGCUUCAGGCUUCACUAGUUACAUUGGCCCUGAAGAAUGAAGGCUUGAUUGUUCCCGGCUACACACAUUUGCAGAGGGCACAGCCUGUUUUAUUGGAACAUCUUCUUUUAGCAUAUGUUGAACAGCUCGAGCGUGAUGCUGGUCGACUGACAGAUUGCAGAGCUAGGUUGAAUUACUGUCCACUGGGUGCGUGUGCAUUGGCUGGCACUGGCCUACCAAUAGAUAGGUUUAUGACUUCUGAUGCCUUGGGAUUUACUGCUCCCUUGAGAAACAGCAUCGAUGCAGUUUCAGAUAGAGACUUUGUGUUGGAGUUCCUUUCUGCUAAUUCUAUCACAGCCAUUCAUCUCUCUCGGCUGGGUGAAGAGUGGGUGUUAUGGGCCUCCGAGGAAUUUGGAUUUUUGACUCCUAAUGAUUCAGUUUCUACUGGAAGUAGUAUAAUGCCUCAGAAGAAAAACCCAGAUCCCAUGGAACUUGUGCGUGGAAAAUCUGCACGAGUUGUAGGUGACCUGGUUACUCUUCUUGUACUAUGCAAGGGACUUCCACAUGCUUAUAACCGUGAUCUACAGGAAGACAAGGAGCCUGUAUUUGACAGUGUGAAGACUAUUGUAGGAAUGCUGGAAGUAAGUUCCGAGUUUGCACAAAAUGUUACCUUCAACCGAAACAAAAUUCAAAACUCUCUGCCUGCUGGCCAUCUUGAUGCCACAACAGUUGCAGAUUAUCUCGUGAAGAAGGGAGUACCCUUCAGAACUGGUCAUGAUAUUGUGGGAAGAGCCGUUGCGUUCUGUGUCUCUAAAGGUUGCCAGCUUCAAGACCUAACCCUCGACGAGCUUAAGAGUAUUAGUCCCGUAUUUAGCGAGGAUGUGUACGAUUAUCUUGGUGUGGAGAAUUCUGUCAGGAAGUUCUCUUCAUACGGUUCAACAGGUUCAGAGUGUGUAUCAAGUCAGCUUGAUUUUUGGGCCGCCCAACUUGAGAUAGACAGGAGUGCAUACAACCACCAGUAAUCGUUCUUACUUGACUGACGAGUUAAGAUUGUUUACAAAUUAAAAAUUUCUCCAUCUUAUUAAAUGUCCAGAAUAUGCUGAAUUUUGCUCUUUCUCAUAAUGCAUCAUUUUUUGGGGGGUGAUUUUGCAUUAGUAAGAACUUUGGGCAUCCCAAGCUUGAUUGUUGACAAUUUACCUGUACUCACCAGCCAGUAUUAGUUGAGAAUGUAUGAAGUGUGAUGGUCUCAGACUAACUUGUCGCGGGA